UCGAUCAAUUUACGGUAGAGUAGAAAAGAAGAAACGGUAGCGAUUGCUAUUCAAACGAGGUCUGCAUCGGCAAUUGCUAUAGAUGAUUAUGUAAAGGUUCUAUUAAUUUCAACGAUGUUAGAAGAAUUACGAGUAUACCGAGCAUACGCUGGUUUCCUUCUUAUCAGUGGUAUGAGCGCGGAUACUGCGAACCGGUACCUAUCAUUUUGGUCGAUAUCGUCUUGUUUAAUUUCGUUGUUGACCGCAGUUAACACUUGUGCGAAAAUGUAUUAACGCAACUGUAAAGGUGCCUUUGUUCUCAUUUGCAUAUUGUAUCGCAUCGAUCGCGUAAGAAAUUACGGCUAUUAAAUGAUACACUUGAUUCUUUACUGGACGAAAUAUCGAGCAAGACACGACUCUCAGAUCGACUGCUUUUAGUUAAGACAUUUUGAUAUCUAUCUUAUCAGUUAUUGCGAUACCUUUACGUGAACCGGUGUUCCAAUUACCCGCGAUACAUGAUACACGGCAGCGAAUAAAUGGAAUGAUGCACGAAAGAAUCGUGAAAAAUGUUGAUUUACCGCUGUCAGCUUCUAGUGAAUUGCGAUUCUUAUUUUAGGAUAUGCAUAGACUUCACGAUUUCACGAUUUCACGAUUUCAAGAUGUUAUCGAAACACGCGACGGUGCGACGCAAUCUUAUCCUUGCAGUAAUCGUUCUGCUCGUCCUCCGAACCAACGGAUUCAACGCGAAAGAAUCGAUGGAAUAAAGAAAUAACGCUUUUCAAUGACGAUGAGGAGAGUUGAUGGUGUAGAGGGUGAGAAAACUGUGAACUCUGUUUGUAAGAGUUCGCUAGCAAGAUGGAUACAAAGAUGCAAAAAUCUUCGCUACAAAAAUGACAAGAUAGAUGAGAAAAUGGAGGAUUUCAUUCUGCCGAGCAACGAAGACUGGCGACAUAAGGUUUAUUAUCAGCUGGUCGAAUUGCAAAGAGAAUACGAUACUGAAUUUUCAACGAAAAGGGAAAAGGAGAAAGAAAAGACGGAACGGAUGGAAAAGGUGUCGGAAAUGGAAGAAGGUGUUGGAAGAGGAGGGUGGGAAUGGGAGCCAAAGUUUCGCGGGUUUAUUUCUUUAAAGGCUACGGUUAGAAGAAGCGGAAGGGAAGAGAUAAACGGAUCGUUGAAGAAUGUUCGCGGUGUCGGUGGCUCGAUGACGGAAGAAUACGUCCAACCAGGUUGGCGCAUCAACGAUAUCUUGUUGGCUGCAAGAAUUCUUCGGAAAGUUCAACCUUCUCCAAUUUUUUCCGACGAGGCCGAGAUGCGUCGAGUGUUUGGCCUCGUUUACGACGUACUUAGGUACAAGAAAAUAUUUGAUCGCGCUCUGAAAGAUAUAGGAUUUUGGCGUCGUAACAACGCCAUGAGGGAUCGUGAAAGAAUCGUUUGGUUGUUGCUGUACGACAUGCAAGGGAGGAAAUUUGCGAAACAGCGGGAGAUGGAUGCCGUUAAAGAACGCAAAACAAUCUUCGAGGCUGCAGGAUUGGCGGAUAUAGAGAAUGCUCUUCUCGAAGCGAAAACGCAUCUUGCCGCAAGUAUUUCUCGUCAGCGUAUUCGCGGCUCUGCCCUUAGUCUCGACGAAUUGCUACCGUCUCGUUUACGCGUGAUCGAGGGGGUAGCUUGGGGCAAAGAAGCUGCGAUCGCUUUCGGAUGGGUGAACAUUGCGAAACUCGACAACAAGGAAGAAUUUCUGGAAGAAAUGUCGAAAUUGGGAUUGGUGUGUCGUCAGGAUGAUGACACGACGAUGGAGCUCGAGGAGACCAGUUACGCGUUUGAUUCGAUUUGUCCGAAAUUGAUAAAUUUCCACGAAAAAGCGCGGGAAAAGUUGGCCGUUUCUAGUCUCGUUCGUGAUCAUCGUUUCAUAUUUUUAGAGAGAUCGUUGUGCAUCGGUGCGGCAACUUUGGCGAAGGCGAUUCGUAUCGGCCGUUUUUGCGGUCCGGUCAUUUUGACGCACUGUCUCGCACCUCGGCAUACCGCAUAUUUGGCCCAACUGUUGACCGAAAUCGACCACGCUGGCAAACUGUUAGCAUUCGGAACUGGCGAUCGUCGAUGCGAAUACGAAACAUACUUGAGGAAGCUCGGCGUGACGUUGCAACAAUGUCGCGUCUUCUCCGAAAAAUACGUAUCGCAUUCGGCAACGGCCGAAUUAGAGAGAGCUAGUGUCGUUUUGGCUGUACCACCGUCUAGCUACACAGGCGUUAAAGACAUCGUCGAUCUUGCCGUAGCUCGCGGAGGAGACUCGGACCUUCUCGAAUCGUUAACGAACGCCUACACUAGCGACGAUAAUCGUAACGACCAUCGGUACCCGCAAGCAUUUUUAGCUGAUCAAAUGUCCACUUUGAAAUAUGCUUUAACUAGGCCGAAUGUUCAGUUUCUCAUAUACGAGGUGCACACGAUUUUAUCCUCCGAAACGACAGUAAUGGUUCAACGAGUCGUCGAUUAUGUUAAUCGUCUAGCCACAGAAAAAUAUGUUCGUGAACAUCCGAAAAAGGUUUCAAAAGAGGCAAAGGAAUUAUUAAAAUUCGAAAAAAUGGACGGAUCGCGAGAAGAAGAUCGAGUAUCGACGAUUUCAGCGAACGUUACCGUUCCAGACAGCGAUCUGUUCGAGGUAGGCAGCAUCGACGAUAUUUAUGGGAAGAACGCGAGUUGUCUGUUAGAUUCUGGAUGCUUUCUUGCGGUAAUAAAGCGAAAGGAAAUGAUGCAAUUUGAUUCGCUAUUUAUGAUCAAUGUAGCAGAAUCGAAAGGUUUGUUUGGCGAUCCAAAGGAACGGCAGGAGGCAAAGCAGCAAUCGUUACCUCCACGGUCCUUGGAAAGCAAUGUUCGCAAACGAGCGAAACGUAUCAAGAUUGAGAUUGACCGAAUAAUGGCACAUACGUAUUCAUCGUUGUCCAGAAGUAAGAGUGGAACACGAAUUUGUCCCCGACAUUUGCGUUACAACAGCGAUUGGAAGGAAACGAUCAGAUCUACGAUGCAGGUAUCUGAAAAUGUUGAAGAAAAUUCGUCGAAAUCUUGGCAGCAUGAUAAAGUGAAUGCGAACCGUUUGAACACGCUUGCUUGUACGGAACCACAGCAGGAAAAGGGGAUACGAGCGAUCAACUCGUUGUUCUCGACGAACGUUGAUUCCUUGACCCAGUCCGAUGCGUUCACGCUACAGAACGGUACCCUAUCUAUGCUGGCCAAUUUAAUCGAUAGAAAAUCUUUAAUACGGCAAGAAUGGAGGCAGGUUGGCUCGUCAAGUACGAUUUUGAAGGCACCGAUUCUGACUCGAGCGUUGCAACGCGCUUCGUUCGAAGGCGACACCGAGAAUCGCGACGAAGAAAAUGUCCAGGUGCAGUUGGAAACGCGUCGCGUGCGACGAUCGGCAUCAAAAAGAAUUAAAAAGUCCCGCCUUCUUCAUCCAGGUGGUUCUCCGACGAACGUGCUCGAUUUACUUUCCAACACAGUUUAACAACUAUUAGAUGCACUCUUUUCGCCAUCAUUUUUCAUCAAUAACUUGAUUAUUAAAAAAACUUAUUCAACUUUUAGAUCUUUAAUAAAAUUGACUGAAUUUUAAUAA